ACUAUCUUAACUAGGCAAGAUAGUUAAGAUAAUGGUGACUAUCUGAACUACGCAAGAUAGUUAAGAUAAUGGUGACUAUCUUAACUACGCAAGAUAGUUAAGAUAAUGGUAAGUAUCUGAACUACGCAAGAUAUUUAAGAUAAUGGUGACUAUCUUAACAGCGCAAGAUAGUUAAGAUAAUGGUGACUACCUGAACUACGCAAGAUAGUUAAGAUAAUGGUGACCAUCUGAACUACGCAAGAUAGCUAAGAUAAUGGUGAGUGUCUGAACUACGCAAGAUAAUUAAGAUAAUGGUGACUAUCUUAAUUACGCAAGAUAGUUAAAAUAAUGGAAUUUGGGUUGGAGAUGAUGGGUACUGUAUCUACUCUUGAAUGUUUGGGUGGGGAAUGUGGGGAAAUGAAAUCCCCAAAACUCAUUUCCCUAAAUAACACCUCAAACGUUUCGCCCUUGCCUGAGGAUGGCCCCGGUGCCCCUGUUCAAGACACUACUUGGCCUGACGUUUCGUUCCCCACGUAUAUGCAGGUGGUAUAUACUACGUGGUGCAUGGUGCUGCUGCUGGUGGGGCUGCUAGGGAACCUGCUGGUGCCUCUGGUGGUGGUCAAGGACAGGGAGCUUCGUGGGGCCUCCACUAGUGUGUUUAUCGUCAACUUGGUGGCUGCUGACCUGUUGGUGUUGGUGGUGUGUCUGCCAGCACUGCUCUCAGAGUUGUAUGCUCCUCCUGCUGUCUGGGUCCUGCCUCCUUCUAUGUGUAAGGUUGUACCAUACUUGGAGUUUACCGUGGCACACGCCUCCAUGUUGACCAUCCUAGCCAUCUCUGUGGAGCGGUACAGAGCCAUCUGUCACCCGCUGACCGCUGCUGCCACCUGCAGUAGGGCCCGUGCUGCUGCCGCCUGUCUCCUGGUCUGGCUCCUGGCCACCUCAAUCACCAGUCCCGUAAUCGCCCUCACUGAGUACACACACGUCAGGUACAUCGACCAGUCCCUCGUACCUGUGUGUUUCACCAGGGUUGACAAACUCUGGGCCAAGGUGUUCGUUGUGUCGUCCAUGGUAAUGUUAUUCUUCCUGCCGCUGUUGGUGCUGCUGCUCCUCUACUGGAGGAUAGCGAGGCAGUUGCUUAUUGAGGACAAACAGCUGUGUAAGGAUAAGCCCAACCCCAACCUCCAGGCUCGCAAACAGGUGGUGGUGAUGCUGGGCACAGUAGUGGUGGUGUUCUUCGUCUGUCUCCUGCCCUACCGUGUCUUCAGCCUCUGGGUCAUCUUCACUACUAAGGAGACAGAGGAGUCCAUGGGCCAGGAGAUAUACUACAACCUACUGUACGCCUUCAGAGUGCUGGUGUACGUCAACUCGGCCAUCAAUCCCGUCCUCUACAACAUCACAUCUUCAAAAUUUCGUGGGGCUUUCUUCAGGUUGGUUGGUGUUCGAGGUGGUGAUGUGACAUCAUCGGUGCACCACACUGGCACCACCAUGUCCACCACUAACAGCAGCAGCAGCAGCAAUGCCCUCACCAGCAGCCUUAACAAGUCCCACCCUCCUUGGAGGAGCCAAAAACUCAUAGUCCGCUGCAGUUACACCUGCUUGCGGGGGGAAGGGGAAGCUUGCCCCCUGGUGGAUCGUCGGCCACCGAGCCCUGCCAUUUGGGGAAAUAUAAACCCUUCCCAGCAGGCUCCCAGCCCUGCCACCAGCCCUUUCAUAACCAGGUCCUCCUGCACCCGAGAUGCUAUCAGGCAAACUGAAAGUUUUGUUUAACCUCAUCUCAGGAAUCUCUUGUUUUCUGCCUAAGUUGCAUCUGUAACCAGAAUAUGCCAAGUGCAAAGAUUCUAUACUUGACAGCACAGUAAAGGCUUCUUUCCAGUCGUCUUGCGGUACCAACAUUAACUCCAUAUCUGGUCUCACAUGUGGUAUACAUGAUUAGGGAUCAACAAUAAUUGGAAACAGAUUAUUACACUGGCAAAAAUGAUAAUUUUAGGUUUCAGGUAUCAAGAAAAUAUUUUUCAUCUACAAAAAAUAAUAUUCCAGCAACAGGAAACAAUCUUCCAGCAACAGGAAACAAUCUUCCAGCAACAGGAAACAAUCUUCCAGCAACAGGAAACAAUCUUCCAACAGAUAUAAUCUUGCAGCAACAAAACAAUCUUCCAGUAACAAAAAUAUAUUUUCUAUCAACAAAAAGCACUCUUUCAGCAACAAGAAGCAAUCUUCCAUCAGUGUUAUACUGUGUAGAGAACACUCCAGCUAUAUCGCAGCAGUAGAGAGCACUUAUCACAGGUUCCCAGAUCACUACCCAAAGGCUCCACUUUACAGUGGCCUAACAGAAUGGCAAUUAUGAGAUUUCAUGCUGAGUUAUGUACCCGAAGACUGUUGGACUGGAUUAGUUUGAAUAAUGGUCACUGAUGGAGAUAGUGAUGAACAAUCCCUUACAAUGUGUUAAGUUCAUUGAUGACUGUUUAUUACCAAGAGAGGAAGUGGAAUGUGUUGAGGCAGCAGUGAAUGCCACUUGAGGGAUCAUAUGAAAAUCUUCAUACAUGAUCUGGUGGAACAAAUCCUUUCAAGUUAAUACAACAGAGUGGUGAAACUAUCUGUUUUUGAAAAGAUGCCCAAAGAGUACUUAUAGUGUGUUAGUCAAAGCACCCCACAUGUGAUGAUAUAUCUCAAUAUACAUGUUACAUUCUCCAUGGGAAAGUGGAGCAGAAUUCCUCCUCCGAAAGCCAUGCGUGUCGUAAGAGGCAACUAAAAUGCCGGGAGCAAGGGGCUAGUAGCCCCUUCACCUGUAUAUAUUACUAAAUUUAAAAGGCGAAACUUUCGUUUUUCCUUUUGGGCCACCCCCGCCUCAGUGGGAUAUGGCUGGUGUGUUGAAAGAAAGAUAUGUUACAUGUUAGUGCACAAGUUUAUGAUGCAGGUUAUGUGAUUGUCAUUCAGUAAUUCAUAAUUAUUAUAGUCAAAACCAAGUGCUAAACCCACAAAGGUCAUACAAGAAUGCACAAUGAACAUAAGAUGAUUGAAAGUCACAUGUACAUUAUUAUUAUAAUCAAGGGGGAAGCGCUAAACCCGGAGGAUUAUACAGCGCCUGGGGGGGGGGGGAAUGUGGAAGGCAUUCAGGCUUAAUUCGGGGAACUGGAGCACAGAUCCAAUUCCCUAAAUCAAGAGCCCCUCACCAACAUCAAGGAACCUUCCUUGAGGGGUCACAUGUACAAAGUGCCUCACCUUAUAAUCAAAACUAAGUACUAAACCUACAAGGGGCCUUACUUUGAGGCAGCAUAAAACAGCACAAACACUAGAGGCUCCACUGCUGUGGUCAUGUCGGACAGAAAUUAGUCAUUGAAAUGUUGCCACAAUAAAAUGUCACAUUAGUUGCACUUCUAUCCUUUAACUUAACAUAUUGUUGGUAAUUCUACCAAUGUUAACACAGAAAUUAGUCAUGGUUAGUGGUGCAAAGAGCUAGGAGAGAGCAGAGCAUUACGCAACUCUUACGUCAGGAGUGAAAUAAUUAUGCAGCAAGUGUUCCACACAGCACAAGCCAGGCAUAUACCCGGCCAAAGCCCAAGAGUGUUUCACGUGCCAAAUAAGUAGUCACAUUUCUAGGUGCUGCAGGAAAUGGGCACAGUUUAAAGGCAGGGACUUCAUAACUAGGAUCAUCCUUGUGGGUUUAGUGCUUAGCUUUGAUUGUAAUAAUAAUAAUAACCAGGAUCAUAAGAGUAGGGGCUGCCAUGAAGACCAUCCUGCUUCUUGUAAUCGCCACACGUGUCCCACCGACUAAUACUAGCAGUGGCAGACAGGCACCAGGAUAUGUGGAAGGCCCAGAUAAUAUGAGAUUAGGUAGCAAGUAAGUUCUUGUAUAUUGCAGGAGGCAAGGUGGAUGUGCUGGGCACCACUGCCACAAGGACUGCCAAGGACAGGAUGUAUUACACUUUGUUUACAUUUGUUACUGGAGUUAUGACUCAACAAUUCCUGAACCACAACCCUUACCUCUCUGCUACACAGAGGGAUGAGGUAUGCAGUAUACAGGAACCUUUGGCCACCCUCCUGCUGAGUUUAUGGAGAACGUGGCUAAUUGCAUUUCUCAUCCACAUGUGGCACCAUAAGAGACCCACUACCAGUGAUGACAUUUCUCAUCCUUGUUUGACACCACAAAAGACCCACUAACAGUGAUGACAUUUCUCAUUCAUGUUUGACACUACAAGAGAUCCACUACCAGUGAUGAGAAAACUCAUCACAUCUACCUGGCAUCCAGUAUUACAAAGAGACCCAUCACAUAGCCACACUAUUCAACAUAGUGUCCAUUAUCUCCCUCCACUCAUACUAUGGCACCUCAAGCAGACAUUUACAGUACUGAAAAAUACCUUGGGAAUGAUGCAGGCAUAUUUGAUGCAAGAAAGGGAGAGUAGUUAAUUCCUUGGAUCAAGAUCUUCACUAGCAUCAUAGCACUCCCUGAUCAGGGCAUGUGUGUAAGACACACGUGCCCUGAUCAGGACAGUUAGGAAGGAAGUGUCUGAACUAGUGGUUUCUUCAGUCCUCAAUACGAGUGAAGCGGGCACUCUGUUACCUUGGAAAAUGUCUUGACCAAUGCAAGUGUAUCUUUCACUUACAAAUUGUUGGUAUUCCCAUACUACUUCCACCAUUCUCAAGACACCAACAGCCAGGUGACAAAAGCUGGAUAAGUGUAUUAAACAAGUGCCAACCAAAAACAAUGGUGUCAGACUGGAGUAGUGAAAUCAUCAGGUUUGUGAUCCUACAGUAUUACUGCUCCUACAUGUUGGUCAAUACACACUUUUACUGCCCAGGGGACCAACAACAGGCCAUAUGUAAGAUACACCACCUGAGGCAUGUUAUGCCACCAUUGAGAAAAGAGCUGCGAAUGGUGCGAGGCUUGACGGACUUCCUGUUUCUACUAGGAUGUGAGUCUUAAGACAUUAAUAAUACAAUCUCCAGGCAGUUUUGUCUGAAGAAUAUACUGCAUUACCACUGUCAUGUCAAAUAACUUCAAGGGGGGGAGGAGGAAGCAUUGCAUUGCAUUGCAAACCCCCAGUGUUGAACCCACCCAACCCCCGAAUAGAGUUGGUAGUGGCCAGGAUGGUGUUGGAUCAGGAAAUUAACAGAAACCCUAACAGCUGCAGAUCUGGAGUAUCAACUGUAAGGAAAGAGAUUCAGGGUAGAUGACUAGUCUGAUGACCAGGCAAGAAGUUGCCUGUCUACAGCCCUUCUACAAAGCAAGGGAGAAACUGGCCACAUCAAUUUAUAUGUUAGAACAAGUCUGUGUCUGGCUGGUAAGCCCAGUUACUGGUACACCAGGUAACCACAAACCUGCAUGAAAGUCACCAGGAGGUCAUAUUUAGGUUAAACCAGGUCCAGCAGGCAGUAUUUUGACCUGAUAUUGAAGCUAAUAGGCAGCAUCAUCGGUCACUGUAUGAAAAUGUCAUACUCUCCAGAAUAUCUGUUGUAACAUCCAGUUAAAGACCUAUACCGGCUUCAAGGCUAGUUGCAUAUUACCUACAUGGAUAGGCUAAAAGACUAGGUAGUGUCACACCUGCCCAAUGAUGCCUUGUCAACCACCCUCAUCCUGGAGCCAAGGGAUACUUGACCCAAUGGAAAUUUCCCCAAAAAUAAGUACCAACCUCAGCAGUGGUAAGAUGUAUUAAGUUCAGAAGUCAAGUGCCACUAUGAGGAUCACUAUCCUCAAUCUAACAGGUUGGUUGAGACUUGGGUUCACAUGAGAUAAUUUGUGACUACAAUGCUGUCUCCAAGGCUCUCUCUCUCUCAAUACCUCAAUACACCCCUUCAAGAUAUAAUGAAGCUAAGCGGUAAACCUGA